CCGGCAAGGGACGGGACAACAAACAACCACCUCCUAACCUUCCUCGAGACAUCAUCAGUCCUUUGAGAUAAUCGUUACGCCGCACCUCGCUUCAACACCACCGGACUGACGAGUCCGCCUGAAACCGUGGACAUCAUGGCGGGACGUGUACGCCAGCCCAUUGAUGCUGGGAGGCUCGAGAAAUGGAUCCAGAAGCACGUGCCCCAGAUUGAGGUGCCGCUGGACAUCAAGCAGUUUGGCUUCGGCCAGUCCAAUCCAACCUACCAAUUGACUGCGGCCGAUGGCAAGCGCUACGUGCUGCGCAAGAAGCCGCCAGGACAGCUGGUGUCCAAGACGGCCCACAAGGUCGAGCGCGAGUACCGCAUCAUCCACGCGCUCGCCAAGACCGACGUGCCCGUGCCCAGGGCCUACUGCCUGUGUGAGGACGAGUCCGUGAUCGGGACGCCCUUCUACAUCAUGGAGUUCCUUGACGGGCGCAUCUUCGAGGACCCCGUCAUCCCGAGCGUGCUGCCGGACCACCGCCGCGCCAUCUGGGCCGACGCCGUGCGCACCCUCGCCAAGCUGCAUCGCAUCGACCCGCGGUCCAUCGGCCUCGAGAACUUUGGCAAGCCCACGGGCUUCUACACCCGCCAGGUCGCCACGUGGCGCGCCGUGUGCGACGCCCAGGCCGCUGUCCGCGAUGUCGACACCCGCGAGGCCGUCGGGCCCCUGCCUUACUUUAGCGAGCUGAUGGAGUUCUUCGCCGACGAGAGCCAACAGCCUGCCGACCGCGGCACGCUGAUCCACGGCGACUUCAAGAUCGACAACCUGGUCUUCCAUAGGACCGAGCCUCGCGUGAUCGGUGUCUUGGACUGGGAGAUGUCCACAAUAGGCCACCCACUCGCCGACAUCUCCAAUCUUAUCACCCCUUAUUUCACAGCCCGCCUCGACCCGCGCCGCUCCGUCAACGUGCACCCGGGCUUCCUCCCGCGCGCCACGCGCGGCCUGCCGGCCGUGGACGAGAUCAUCACACUCUACUUCUCCGUCGUCGAGGCGCCACCGCCGCCGCCGCCGCGGCGGUCGUCCAGUUUCAGUUCCGGCGCAAGUGCCUCCUCGUCCUCCUCCUCCUCUGCCGAAUCCUCCCUCGAACUCACGCUGAGCAACAGCACCAAGAUCAAAAGGGAGACGGCCCCAUCGCGGCGCGACAGGAACCGGGAGCUGCAGUGGGCGCAGGCCUUCAACAUCUUCCGGCUGGCCGCCAUCUGCCAGGGGAUUGCGGCGCGACAGGCCGGGCGGCAGGCGAGCAGCGAGCAGGCGAGGCGAUACGGCGAUGCGCGGGGCCCGCUGGCCGAGUUCGCCUGGGAGCUCGUGCAGAGCGCGAGGUCGUCGGGCGGCGGGCCGUCGGGUAGCGGAGGUGGUAGCGGAGGUGGUAGCGGGCAGGGAAGGGCUAACAGGGGGGCAGGGUCAAGAUUGUGAGAGGCUUGACUUUGAGUUGUUGACGGUUGCCAUGUAUGUAUUUUCUGGGGAGUGGAAUUGUGCAGUCGUUGCAUUGCAUUAGAUGGCCGAUGUGGCAACCUUCAGCAUCGGGAGGGUCAUGGACAUGUGGGAACUUGACGCGUUAUAUGUGUGUUCUAGACACGGCGCUUCGAAGUGAGGGUUCGACCGGCUUCACAGUCGACUGUGCAUAGUAGUAGUUCAGUUGUAGUGCGUAUGUAAGGUAUUUGUACUUGUACAUAGACAAUCUCUGGCUAUAUCACUCUGCUUGAGCGAACACGGUAUGCUUGCACACUAUGGCCACCGGCCCCGCCGAGCG